GAGAGGCGACCGCGCAAAAGCGGAAGUUCGCGUCAACGAGGGCAUGAGUGUUUAUUUUCCUUAAUUUUAGCGGCUUGGUGGUAUCGUUUAUGUAAAAUGUGACCGAUUCCAGGAUCGCCUUGUGUGUCGACUGCGGUUAGUGCGUGUGACUGUUAACGAGGAAGAGCCGGGGGUGAGACAGCUUGUCUCAGUCAGAGCUGCUUCAUGUGAACACAAUAGGACAGAUUUUGCUCCCUUCUUGGCUGCGUUGGUGUAUGGAUCAAUGGCAGCUGGUUGUCCUCUGGCACAGUGUCCAUGUGGCCUUUCAUCGUGUGUGAGUCCAAACUAAUGGCUGGUUUACAAUUGGCUUCCUGUGGAAGGUUGUUGGUGUUUUUUGUCCUUCUGCUGAACAUUCCUCUCCACCAUGGAAUAGAAUUUGAUCCUUACAGAUCAUUGGGAGUCAGUCAAACUGCAACCCAAGCAGAAAUAAAGAAAGCUUACAAACAACUGGCCCGGGAGUGGCACCCUGAUAAGAAUAAGGACCCAAAGGCUGAAGAACAGUUCAUUCAGAUUAGCAAAGCAUAUGAGAUUCUUUCAAAUGAAGAAAAGAGGUCAAAUUUUGAUAGGUAUGGAAAUCCUGAUGGACAACCAGGGAAUCUCCAUCAUCCACAGCAGCACUUCCGGAGUUUCCAUAAAUACGACAGCUUCUUCUUCGAUGACUCUUUCUUUCAAUUCCAGUUUAAUUCUGCCCGAGACUCCUUUGAUGAUAAGUAUCUACUACAUUUCUCACAGUACGUGAAUGAGGUUGUGCCAGACAGUUACAACAAACCGUAUCUCAUCAAAGUCACCUCCGACUGGUGUUUCAACUGUGUUCAAAUUGAACCAAUCUGGAAGGAAAUGGUACAGGAGCUUGAACCUCUGGGGCUUGGGAUUGGAGUCAUAGACUCCGGGUACGAGCGUCGUUUGUUAAAUCACAUUGGCGUAUAUCAGCAUCCAGCAAUUGUGGGAGUCAUCAAUGGGCGAGUAACAUUCUUUAAAACCACUGUGGUUCGAGAAAACUUAAGGCGGUUUGUGGACAACCUUCUGCCAAACAAGCUUUUGGAACAGGUAACUAACAAUAAUUAUGUACAUUUCCUGUCUUCAUGGGAGCAAGACAACAAGCCACGUGCACUAAUGUUUCACCAGAAGUCUAUGGUGCCAUUAUUGUACAAGCUGAUUGCCUUCCAGUUCAAAGAUUAUGUAAAAUUUGGAGCUGUGCAGACUGGGAUAGAACUGACUGAUGAAAUACUGACUCAUUACAGCAUAAGCGGUUACACGUCUACCAUAAUGAUUUUUAAGGAGAAUGUCGACAAGGCAGCUGAUAGCAUCCAGCCUAAAGGAAUGAAGAAACAAAUAAUAGAUGAUUUCAUUUCUGGUAACAAAUUCCUACUGGUUCCUCGUCUUACAAGCCAGAAACUCUUUGAGGAGCUGUGCCCUCUGAAACAGUACCGUCGUCAGAGAAGAUAUUGCGUCAUGCUAAUCAUUCAAAAGAAAGAUGAGUUGCAGGCUCCGUAUCACUCCUUUGUGUCAUUCGCAUCUGUAAAUAUGAAAGAGUCUGUGAAAUUUGUUUACGUUUAUCCCGAACAUCAGCAAGCAUUUGUUAAUGCCUUGCUUCCACCAGCACUGCAAAACAGUCCAGUACCAAAUGUUGUGAUCCUACAUCGAAGUAGCACUCAUGGUAAAGUGAUCUAUAAACUACUUGAAAAUGGAUGGAAUGGAAAUGAAGAGGACAAAAUGCUAUUAUUUAAUGAGCUGACUCAAUUAAUUGGAAUGGAAGGCCACACAAUAUUCCCUCAUGAUGUUGUGUUACCUCAGCUAAAUGAUGAAUUUGCACCAAUGUUCCUCCUUCGCUGGAUGAAUGCCAUAAUAGAUUAUGCGUCUCAAAUCUGGGCAUCUGGGUUCACUCAGAACUGGAAGGAAAUGAUGCCUUUGAUUUCUCUGCUUUUCUCAGUGGUUUUCAUUCUGUUUGGAGCAUUCAUCAUUCAAGCUUUUGGGGAACCAAGUGACCUGGAGAGCAGGUCUGAAUCUGAGAAAGAACAGGAACCAGCAACAGAUAAGAUUCAGGAAACAAAAAAGCAACAAAUCAACACCAGCAGGAACUUAAGUAGGUCCCCAGAGCAGAAUUUUGUGGAAGUGACUGAAUUGACCUAUAUCAACUAUAACAGUAAUCUUGUGCGGUUAAUGCCUGGAAACAUCAAUGUACUGGUUGUGGUCACUGAUAUUACAAAGGAUGCUUUAAUUCAGAAGUUUGCACAUGAAGUAUAUCCUGUUACCUGGAAUAAAUCACUACACUUCUCCUUUUUAAACUUAUCAAAACAUCAUGGGUGGCUGGUGGAUUUGUUAGAGUUUGCCCAGGAUCCUGCUCCGAUUUCCAGUCCACAAGAUGAAAGUUACCAUACCCAGAACUACAUUGGCUAUGUGUUGGCAUUAAACGGACACAGGAAGUACUUCUGCUUAUUCAAACCUGAACUCUGUAAUGGAACUGAAAAUAGGAGCAUCCUAAAUGGCUUGGAACCAACACAAGACAGGAAAGGGCCAGAUGACGCAAAGGAAACAGACAGCCCACAUCAGUCAAAACCCAGUUCCAAUUUAUCUGUGAAACGGACGAAGCAACUACUCAACGGACUUAACCUCUGGAUGGACAGACUGCUUGAAGGGAUUCUGCAACGAUACUAUGUACCCUGUUGGCCUGAGCUUCACUGAUGUUCUAUAGUUUCACUGGUAGAAUUUUCUGCUGAAAUGCACCUGAGCCAAAUGUGGAUACAGCAGGAAUUUACAGCUCUAUUAUUUUUCCAGAAUAUUUUCUCAGUCUUGUUGUUUAGAUCUCAAAGAGCCGAUGUAAAAUGAAACAAAAGGACCAGGUGAAUCAACAAGUUAGAAAACUGUGUAUACACAAAUCUCAAUUGCCUGGAUAAAAAGAGUUUAAAUCUCUCUUAAUUUGCACGUUAAUAAGUGAGGAGUUGGUAGACAAGUGGAAUUUAAAUUCAGAUGGGAUAUUGGCAAUGAAACAAAGGAGUUUGAGUCACUGACUUCACACAAAAUUGCAUACUACUUGAAUUAUUGUAGCUCCAGAUUUUGUUUCUCUGACCUUCCUUGCCCUGCCUUCCUCCAGUACAGAACUCCUUCAUUUGUUUAUGCAUGUAUAUUUUGUCAAAAUACCUUGGGGAAGGGAAGAAACAUAGAUUUCAGACUUCUCCUACCACAAGCAUUCUGCCUUCUCAGCAAUGAAAACCUGACCUCCGUGUUAAAAUUGAGUACUGGGAAUUGACCUUUGCGAAGUUAUGUGCAACAGUUUAUUCUAAAUUUUACUUUGCUGACUGUUGCAUUUCUCAGCUGUAUUCUGGCUCUGGUUUACUCUGUCAAUUCCUCAGAAUGAUGACAUUUGCUCAGGUUCCAGUACUCAGAGUUAUCACUUACAUUUGAGAUGUUGUUAUUAUUGGGAUAUCACAGCUGCUAUCCUUAUCUGAUGUCCAGAGGCACGUGCACUUACUUUCCAGGAGCAGUGAAUAGAUAGUGAUCAAAAGUGGAAGCCUGGAAGGAUUUUAACUUUUCUCAUGCUUCACAGCAUUUGCAAUGAUGCCAUUUGUGAGGCUGUCUUGAACACCCCCCCCCCCCCCCAACCAGAAAUGUCUGACAUAAGAUUAGGAUAGACCAGGGUUUGAAUUUUGAGAUCCACAUGGCUUAGUGCAACACUAUGGUGACGAAAUUUGAGGUACUGAGAAGCACUUUGCCAGCAAUUUAAAAAAAAAACUUGUUUUUCUAAUCUGAAUGGCAGGACACUGGGUUACAAAUUGCUGAAGAAUAUCUACAAAGCAGGGUUCAGACACAGUUAAUGACUCCUAGAUUAGAUGAGGU